CACGUCGUGAUCCACAGCUCACUCUCAGACUCCAAAUUUCUCUCCCUUCCUUCCGCCACGAUGAGCGGCUUUCGGUUCCUCAACCUCGUCCGGCCUUUCCUCCCGAUUUUGCCUGAAGUUGCCUCUCCAGACCGCAAGGUCCCGUUCAACCAAAAAAUCCUAUGGACGGCUGUGACGCUUCUUAUCUUCUUGGUUUGCUCGCAAGUGCCGUUGUACGGUAUCAUGUCGUCUGACUCCUCCGACCCGUUGUACUGGAUGCGUGUCAUCCUGGCCUCCAACCGUGGAACGCUCAUGGAGCUGGGGAUCACACCUAUCAUCACUUCGGGAAUGAUUAUGCAGCUCCUGGCUGGUGCCAACUUGAUUGACGUCGACUUUGGGCUCAAGGAGGACCGGGCUUUGUUCAGCGGGGCACAGAAGCUUUUCGCUCUCAUCAUCUCUCUCGGUCAAGGAACCGUCCACGUCCUCACUGGUCUCUACGGACAGCCCAGCGAGCUCGGCGCUGGUGUCUGCUUGCUCCUGAUCAUUCAGCUCGUCUCCGCCGCGAUGAUCGUCAUUCUACUCGAUGAGCUACUCCAGAAAGGCUACGGUCUGGGAUCCGGUAUCUCCCUCUUCAUUGCCACCAACAUCUGUGAAUCGAUCGUCUGGAAGGCGUUCUCGCCUACCACCGUCAACACCGGACGUGGUCCCGAGUUCGAGGGCGCCAUCGUUGCCCUCUUCCACUUGCUAUUCACAUGGAACGACAAAGGUCGUGCGCUGCGUGAGGCUUUCUGGCGAGACCGACUCCCCAACGUCAUGAACCUCGUUGCGACCGCUGUGAUCUUCGCCAUUGUCAUCUAUCUCCAAGGCUUCCGUAUCGAAAUCCCGGUCAAAAGCAACCGCUUCCGUGGUCAGCGUGGCUCUUACCCCGUGAAGCUGUUCUACACUUCCAACAUGCCCAUCAUGUUGGAGUCGGCUCUCACUUCCAACGUCUUUAUCCUCUCCCAGAUGCUUGCAUCCCGCUACCCGAGCAAUCUCUUGGUCCGUCUUCUCGGUGUGUGGGAGCCCAUGCAAGAUUCUGCUCAGCUCGUUGCCACUUCUGGUAUCGCGUACUAUAUGUCCCCUCCGCACACCAUGAAGGAGGCUAUCGUUGACCCGAUCCAUACUGUGAUCUACAUCGCCUUCAUGCUCUCUGCCUGUGCUUUGUUCUCGAAGACCUGGAUUGAGGUUUCGGGUUCUGGCCCUCGCGAUGUAGCCAAGCAGCUCAAGGACCAGCAGAUGGUUAUGGCCGGACACCGGGAGGGUUCCAUGUACAAGGAGCUCAAGCGCGUGAUUCCAACUGCGGCUGCUUUGGGAGGAGCGAUCCUCGGUUUGCUCUCUGUCGCUGCGGAUUUGAUGGGUGCGAUUGGUAGCGGGACUGGUAUCCUCAUGGCUGUCACCACCAUCUACAGCUAUUGGGAGAUCGGCAUGCGUGAAUCUGGUGGCCCUGAGAUGGCUGCACUGGGUGAUUUGCUCUAAAUGCCUACCGCUGCAGGAUGAACAUGCCGACUGAGGACUGGAUGGGCGGCAAAAAAGCUGGGUGUAGCCAGCUGCAUUGCAUUCGUAUCGAUAACAUAAGUACAGUACAAGUAUUAAGCAUAGCUGGGUCUCUCGUUUCCACAUGUCGAAGCUGUGUUGAAAACUUGACUGUAAACAAGCGUGCGUGCCUGAGGCUCAGCCGGCCCGCAAUGCUAUCAAUACUUGGCCUCGAACAUCUGCAUCGAUGCUAACCACUUGCCAAUGCUUGCAACGUAUAAACGGGCUGUCGCCGCCGCUUCGGCUCUCGUCAGUUUCCCCCCCUCACGAUGUCGUCUAGCACGGUCAGACCGACGGACCUUGCCUCUAUAAAGAAUGCUCCUCUACUGGGACUGGCGGAGGGGAU